GCGCGGGGUCCUGGGAUCUAGCAAACGCUGGGAAUGAUCCAAGAUGGCGGCGUUUUAUCCUUGGGAUAGUUGGCGGGGUUUAUUAAUUCUAUGUGUUUUUUUUAUCUUAUUGAGCUCCCAUCCCUGCUCUGCGGUAACGCACUGGGUGGUCACAGAAAAUGGUCGCAUCGAACAGCAGGCAAGCUCUGUUUUUAUAAUGAAUAGGCCAUAUGAUUUGGUGGCUUUUAUGACGAAGGAGCAAGAGGUCAAAAAGGCAAAAAAAGAUCAGGAACAUGAAGAAGUGUAUAAAAACUUCCAUCAUCAGAAGCUUGUUAACCAUGGAACAAUGAAAGAGGAGUCUGAGAUUGUCACAGAUUCUGAUGAGGAUCAAGCUAAAGAGUUCUUUGCAAAGGAUCCAUUCUGCAACAAAGUAAAAUAUCGAGUGACAGAGUUGAGCAUUGAUCUACUGAAUGUGGUUCCAUUUGCAAAGAAAGGGAUCAACAUUGAAGAUCAUGUUAACCUUAAAGGAAAGGCUCCAUGUUUGCAUGUCCCCAUGUGUAAAGAGCUCACAACCGUGUCUCUGCUAUCUUUUGACCAUUUGGAGGGUGUGAAUCGGCGCCAGAGGAUCCCUCGGGUCAAGGAUAUGGGUGUGACUGAGGUGAUACCACCUGGUAUGAGUGUCGAGGAGUGGGGAUCUAGACUAAAGCUUGCACUUGACAAGAAUUCUACUUCCUGGUUGCUCUUGAAUUUAGCUGCUCUUUACUGGCGCCAUCAUGGAAGUACCUACCAGACCAUCAAUUGUUUAAGAAGUGCUCUUUAUCAUUCUCCAUGGAACCAUCGUGAUGUAGCUCUCACAAGCUUGGGAGUUGUCCUCCACAAAGCCAACCGCACGUUGGAUGCCCUGGUGCUAUUGCACUCCUCUUUAGAAAUCACACAAGAAGUCAGCAAGCACUGUUAUGUCCUUGGCAUUAUGUAUAGUGCUUUAAAGAUGUUUGAUAUGGCAGAGAUGUGUUUUCGAUAUGUCACAACUGUUGAACCAAGUGCUUCUGUGGCGAAGAAGUGGUUAAAAGCCGUUCAGUGUGAGAAGAGAUUUCAGUGUACAAAGCAAGAAAGAAAAAGAUCAGCCUUCCAAAAAAAGACAGUGGAAUGCAACCAUGAAGACCUCAGUAAGGAAGAACAAGGUGCCGCAGCCUUAUUGGAGAUACCGUACUACUUUUAUAAAGCACAGUUGGAAAAACUAUGGCAUAGUGUUCACAGUAAUAGUAAGACAUGGGCAUUGAACAAGGAAAAUAAUAAAAACAUGAAAAUGAAGAAAAAUGGCAAAGCAACAGAAGGCAUUAACAGCAAGGAAAAUCAGGAUAACAAAGCACAGGCGAAAAAGAACACCAAGAACCCUGACAAAGAUGCACUGAGAGAAACAGAUGAAAUCAAACCCAGAAAUGAUUUGGAGAAAGGUCUAUUCGGAGAUCAAGCAAACACAGCUAGAGAAAGUGAUUUGUCUUUGGAAGAGAAGAAGACCCAAAAUACAGAGGAAAAUAAGGAGCCAAAGGUACAGUUAGUUACUCCUGAAGAAAUGAAGCGCUAUUUAGACAAAGCUCGUGAUACCAUCGCACGCAUACGUGAGUCGAUGGGUGAUGAUAAGGCUGGCAAAGAUGACUGUAAUGCUGAAGACAAAAUUAGUGAAAAUCAUAAGCAGCAAACAAAUGAUGAAAACGAUAAGGAAUCUCGUGCAAGAAGGGGUACUGAAGGUAAAAGUGCUUCAGAUAAUGAGAAAGAUUUAAGCAGGAGUGCCAAAUCAAAAAACACAAAAAGCAAAUCUAAAAAGAAGGAAGAUGAUGCAGUCAAACCCAGCUCAAGCCCUAAAUCACCCGUAAAUAAGUCAUCCGCCAAUAAAGGGAGUACAGAAUCCAAUCUAGUAAUGAAAAAUACUGAUGACGAGAAAGAGGUUAGGAAACAAGUGAAUAGUACCCCAUCCCAAGAGAUUAAAAAGUCUCAGGCAAGUGAUAAAAGAUCUGCUGGCAUACAGAAAGCCCUUGGUGGGAGCAAAUCAAAGCUGGACCCAAAGGAGGACGAGUGCACCAAUGUUGAAGGAAUCGAGGGGUUGAUGCUCAAGAAUAAGAGAUUUAGCGCUUGGGUGAACUUGGAGCACAGAGGGGUUGAUAUAUCCAAGCAUGUUGACUUCAAAGAGCAGUUGAAAGGUUUUCCCACCCCUCCGCUAUGUCGAGCCAAGAUUCGUGCUGGGGCCUGGUCACUAGAUCACCUCGAGGGUAUUAGGAAAGUGGAAAAACAGAGUCUUGAUCCUGAAAUAGGAAUGGCACAGACAUUGCUUGCACACGAUCCUCACAGCCCAAACAAGAGGAUACAAGACAUGGGUACUCAUAUCAGCCGAGCACUAGAAAAGGAUCCGACAUCUUGGGUGGCGCUAAAUUUAGCGUCACUGUUCUGGAGGAUCAUAGGUGACACUGCAGAAGCGGUCCAAUGCCUGCGACUCGCGAUAUCUCACUCUAAAGAUAAACACCGGGACGUGGCGCUAGUCAGCUUGGCAAGCAUCCUCUUCAGGGCAGGUUACCUAGCGGACGCUAAGACCACAUGUCUGCAUGCUCUCAAGGUCUCACCUAACUCUCUUGUUGGUCACUUUACUCUGGCAAAUAUUCUUGUUGCGCAGAACAAAAUCACAGAAGCAACCCAGCACUACCUUAUAGUGCUGCAACUAGAGUCAGCAUUCCGCCCAGCGGUAGAACGCCUGAGGAUCAUUCAGUGUAUUAUUUGGCGCCAACAGAAGCAACUCGAAAAGGAGGCGGAAGAACUGAUGAAGCUUUUGACUGCCACAUGAAUAUCUCGUGACAAGCCAUGUGCAGGACACGUGAUAUCUGCUGGGUGUCGUGUGCCUAGCGUGAUGUGGCACGUGCUGAGCACAUCGUCCAAAUGUCACGGGACUAGCAUCAUCGUCAGCAGUAACAUUUUUUUAAAUUUCAUUAUAGCCUAGAGUGCUGUUAAGGAAUGUCAACGUACUCAAAUUUGUUAUAAGAUAGCAGUCAAAGCAGCACGGCAUGAUUAAGUUCGGCGCGGCGCUGGGCAUGGCUGGAACCAUCGCGCUGCACGGCAAAAGCACGACAUCUAUUCGAACGUCGAGCUUUUGAAAGGCCGAAUCGAAUACCGUAUUCAUUUUGAUUUUGUCGAGUUUAAUUCUAACGUGCCGAACUCAAUUGUUCAGACGUUGAACUGUUUAUGUGCCCAUUCGAAUCAAUUAGAUUCGGCACGGCAGGAGAGCAUCGUAUGAAUCAAAUAACCUAAUUUGGAAUGAAAAAAACUCUCCUCUUCAACAUACCAAUCAACCCUGACUAUAUAUUUUUGUAUUUGGAAGUAGAAGGGUAGUGAAAAUACAAUACAAUGAAAUGCAAUGCAAUGCAAUGCAAUGCAAUGCAAUGCAAUGCAAUGCAAUGCAAUGCAAUACAAUACAGUGUCUCCAAGAUAGAGAUGUCUUUAAUUAUCUUGGUUGCACUUUGAGUAUUAACAGGGGGGGGGGGGGGGGGGGGGGGGGCUUAACACAUGCCGGAGCUGUAGGGUUCCAAUAAAUUUCAAAUGGUUUCUGAGUUUGCGAUGUUUUAGUUCAAGUGUGAACAAUUUCUCACCCAGCUCGGCCUCCUGUUUGCCUAAUGAACGCCCUUUAGCGGUCUAACGGCCUUCGUGAACAAUGCCAUCCGCACGGAACUGUAGCGUAACGAUACUUGCUUGAAAUGCCCCCCCCCCCCCCUCACCUCUAGAAAUAGAAAGGGCAUAGGAACUAAGCCCCAUUUUUACCCGGUUUCAGCUACAGCGACUAGAAAUUUGAAGGGGAAUUAUGGAAAUGCCCAUGUCUGAUACGUACGCCUUGUGUGACAGUUCCACCUAUUCAAGCUCAAUUUGCGGUGAAGUGAUGUAUAUAUUGUGAAGAGAAACGUAGACUAAAUAAAACGUUUGCCGCUAUGCUUCAACUUGGAAAACGCGCAUUUUUCAGAAACUAGGGCCACAGCCUCGAAGCGUCUGUUAACUAAGAAAAAUAAACCCCUUUAGUGCCAGUGCAGAUCUCUAUAUAAGAAUAAAAACUAGUUAUUGUAA